AAAAAAAAUCUGAGGCCCUUCUGAGUCACGUGUUUGUCCGCUGGUGGAUCAAAAACUGGAGCAAGUUUCCCUCCACAUCCACUCUCUGAAAGACCAUAUCAGACUGGUACAAUGCUAAUCAAUCAUUCAAUCACGAAAACAUGAUCCAGUGCAGAGUCGACUCUCAGAAGGCCUUACCCUCGAUCAUGGAUGAAAUUGUGAGAGCGAGAAGCAGUGCCCUCUCUUUAUCCCUCAACUCAGCCUGUGCCCCCACAUGAAUUCAGCGUCCUGUUGCCUGAAAGACCUGCCCCAUCGGCCACCUCCAUUUACUCAGUUUUGCGGAUAUCGGACGCCUUGUUUUUCUGUGUAAUGCGAUUUGGAAUUUUGUGAGUCUGUAGGGUUUGCGUUUAGUGGCGCCAUCUCACCGAGCAGAGGAUGCGUGGCGGAAUGAAUCCAUUGGAUGUGUUUAUGAUCGAUGGCUUCCGUGUUAAGUGCGGUACAUAUUUACAGCGGCUAGUGCCUGUAUGGACAGGAGAGCACAUAACAAUCAGAAGGAAGAAUUCUCUAUGGCACUAUCACUGGAUGACACAGUUACAAGGAAUUUCUGAGAUGACAGCUCAUCAUUGAAGAAGUCUUGGUCAAUUAUCUUCAUCAGUUGUUUCAGAAGAGUAAAGGGCCCUGACUGGAAGAGGAAGGAGUUUUCAUCCACGAGGCUGGGAGACACAUGUCAAAUGGCGACAUCCUGCAUUGCUCGAAGCUUGUACCUUGGGGUUUCUGACCCAAUGUGCAAAAGUGAUAGAGGGGAGAAUUCUCGCGCGCUAUUAUCCCGGUGUACACUAAAUGGCCGGUCCAAUGGAAGGCUUCACGAGGAGCUUGAAGAAGGUUGGAAAUCACCGUUCUAGACAUCGCACAUCGCCGAGCGAUGCCCCUGGACCCUGGAAGAAUUACCUUCAUACCAGAUUUACUUUUGCCGGCUGCAAAGUUACAUCCAACUUUCGCUUCUUUGGAUAUUUCCCUGGAUUUUCUCUGUUUGUUCUGGGCAGGUCGAGAGACUUACGAGCAAGCGGCUUUUAUCGGAGAAUGAGGGGCAUCUCUUGAAACUCGUCAUUCUCGACAUUCCUACUCCGAGGUCCUCUAGAUCUAUGGUGUUGAUCAGCGAAGCAUCCUUACAACCGUACAAGGAAUAAUCAACCAGUGAGGACAGUCCCCGCAGAUGAUAGAGGAAAUUCUCAGCCGCGCAUCUACGAGGUGUCUGUCUGGAAGAGGUGUGACUCCCCCCACUGUCCAGCUGUCCCACCUUAAGCCGAUAUAAGCGAUCGACUCUAAGUUACCAUCCAUCCUUAUUAUCAAACUCUGAGCUUCCACGAUGUCUUCUGAAUCGCCACUGAAGGGCUCGUCACCUGUUCAGAUGUCGAUUCCAACACGAGAGAAGUCUAUCACCAGGAGGGACGAGCUUGACAGUGAAAACUCAUCGGACAUUUCCGAUCAAUCUUCUGUCAAGAGCUCCUCGUCGUCUGCAACAUCAAGAGCAUCGUCCCCAGAACCAAAACCUGCUUCGCUUCUAGGCGAAUUACCUGAACCAGUAGCAGAGUUCUUCUCUACUGUCACACUCGGCACGUUCCCACCAUCGACUGAACGAAAGGUGCAACCUUGGAGAGAGUUAUGGCAAGGACCGGUAGAGCCAUCUCCUGAUGGCAAGCUGUUAGUUGCAUGUCCCGAGAAGUCUGUCUAUGGAAGCAAUAACCUAGGGGGAUAUUGA